UCUUUCUUCCUAGUACCGCUUGGCGGCGGUGGUGGUGGCGGAGGGGUUCAGUCAUCUCGCGCCAGCCGAGCCACGCGCAUACUGUUCUUCUUCGACACGAUUACUCGCGACAAUCUUUCUUGGCUUGUCCAAUAAUUAUCGUUAAACACGUUAAGGACGAAGACAAUCAACGACAACUGUCUCUCCUCUCUCUCUCUCUCUCUCUCUUUCUCUUUCUCUCUCUUUUUCUUUCUUUCUUUCUUUUUAUUUUCUUUUCUCUUCUUUCCUCUUCUCAUUUCUUUUUUCAACACUCAAAGAGCGCAAGUUCGGAACUGGACCGCCCUCUCCGGACGGAAGCCACGGAACAACACCCCCACUCAACUCCCUCCACCGAAUCAGACUACCACCUCCACCUCCUCCUCCUCCUCUUCCUUCUUCUCUUAUGAGAGUGAGAGAAAGAAAGAGAGAGAGAGAGUGAGUGAGUGAACGAGUGAGCGAGUGAGUGAACGAGUGAGAAAGAGAGAGAGAGAGAGAAAGAGAGAGAGAGAAAGAGAGAAAGAAAGAAAGAAAGAGAGAGAACGUUUCACGCCAACCCCCCACUUUCGACAAGGAGAGGCAGAUACUCCGACGAUAGAGCCUCCGGCACACGGGCACCGAGAGUACCACGCGAGUGGAGAACCCGUGGCUCCGUCGCGUUCAACCCCCCGAAGAAGAUCGGAGGACCUGAGGAUCGAAAAGGGAAUAUUAAUACGUGAAUCGUAUAUAAAGAAAAAUUAUCUCUCUAUCUCUCUCUCUCUCUCGAUCUAAAUCGUCUCGUUAUAAAUCGUUUCGACAAUUUGUAAAAAAAACAUACGUGAUCGUAAAGGAAAAAACGGGUCCGUUUACGUUAAAUCGAUUCAAUGAAGGAAAAUUAGUGACUAAUAAUCCCUAAACGGUCGGGUCGGUCGGUCCAUCGGUCCAUCGGUCCAUCAUCAAUACGGAGGAUGGAGAACGUGAGAUCAUCGACGACAUCGAGGAACAACGAUCAUUGGCAUCAAGAUCGAUAAACACGGGGUGGUUUCCGUAAAAAGAAAAAGACGAAGGAAAAGAAACGGGGGGUGAUCGAGUAUCGUUUAUUACUUAAUCUAAAGAAAGGGGGAGUAUACAGGAAAAUUCGUACGGACCACCCCGUUGUAAACGUUUCUCCGCGUGUAUAAUGUGUGAGUGACAAGUUUUGAAAGUUUUCUCAUACAACGACAGUUUUAUUUAUUAUAUAUAAUACGAUAAUUCUUCUUCGGGGCGGGGGGGGGGGUUGGGGACCUCGCGAUAAAAGGUGCCGAGGAAGAACUUGAUGAUUUGGAUUUGAAGGAGAAAAAAGGAAAAGAAGAAAAAGGAAAUAGGAGAAAAAGAAAAGUGCACGUGAUAACGAGAUUCGGUGUGAGUGUUUAAUGCGUAAAUAAUUAUUAUAUCAGAGAAGAAGCUGACUGUGGUGCUUCCUUUUUCAUUGUUUUGUUUUUUUCUCCUCUUUUUCAUUUCAUUUCAUUUCAUUUCAUUUCCUUCCCUCUCUUUUUCGUUUCCAUUCUUUUCUUUUCUUUUUGUUUUGUUUUGUUUUACGUUUUCCCCCGAUCCUUUUUUUCUCCCUCGUCCUUUAUUUCUCUCAAUCUUUCGUUGGUUAUCACGAAAGUGCGCGAAGUGUGAUUAUUAUUUUACGAAAUAAGAGGAGAAGGACAAAGGGCAAACUCCGACAUUAAUAUCAAGUUUUAUUUCCUCUUUCCUUUUAUUUAUCCUUCUCCUUCUUUUUCUGUUUCCUUUUUCUUUUCUUUUUCUUUUUUUGAUUCUUUUCAAAUUUCUUUCCUUUCUCCCUUUAUCUUUCACUCUCUCUCUCUCUCCCUCUCUUCCCCCCUCUCUCUCUCUCUCUAUUUCACUCACCCACUCACUCAUUCUCUUUAACUCUCUAUCUCUAUAUCUCUCUUUUUCUCUUCUUUCUGUGUGAACACGUUACACGUUUUCGUCGUAUAAAAAAGUGUUUGGAAGUUUUUUACAUUUGAUAACAAGUUGGAAGGAUUCUCAAUCGUCGUGCCGACGGACUAUCAUGGUAACGUUAAGUGCGAACGGUGGAAGGAACGAGGAUACUCGCUAAAAGGAUUAAUGAGGAUGAUACAGCAGUGAGAGAGAUAGAUUGGGUAGAGGGAGGAGAGGGUUCUUGGCGAGGUUCGAGAUGUCCGCCGUAACCAGCCCGUAUGGACCCACGGAGAUGCUGUCCGACUCGGUCUACAACUACGCAACGACUCGAAGGGGCACCGCCGCCGAUCAGGACGGUGAGUCCCGAUACGAGACGCAGGCCCAGUUGCAGAUCGCGAGUAUCCAAAAGCCACGGAACAAGCGGAAAAAUUUCAAGCCUAUAAACAGCCGUAUGGCCGAAGUAUCGGAUGAAUCAGAUAGGGAUGAGGAACACGAGCAAGAAUCCGAUGAACUUCUUCUUGGUGUCGAGGAAGUGCCAACCUCGAACGAGAUCCUCGAAUACGAGAGGAAAACGAUGCUUCUGCCAGUUGCUGUCGGUACGGACGAUAGGUCGAAGCAGCAACAGAGGCUGAACAACAACGAGGUCAGCCCGAUGGACCUCUCGGUCGCGACGAGGCCGCCCUCCUCCGACGUAGACGACGACAGCGGCGAUUCCCUCGGGCACAAGUUCAUCCUCGAACGGCUCAACUCUCAGAAGCUCUAUUCUCCUGGCACGGAGGUCAGGAGUCCAAAUUCGGACUCCUCAGAGAAAAGUGUCGGAAGUGUAGUCCUAGACGCGGAUUCGGGCCGAUUGGAUGAUCAGGAUACCCCGUUUGAUGACGAUCGAAUGCAGGAUGGAGAUGGAGAUGGCGAUGGCGAUGGUGAUGUUGAUGGUGACGGUGAUGGUGACGUAGAAGUAGAAUGCGAAGAGAGAAAACCAUUCGAAGGAAUGAGAGAGUACGCUGAAUCGACCAUGCAAGAACUAUUAGCGAUUUAUGGUCUCUCCGGUGGUGAACUCGCGAAAUCGGUCAGUCGACAGCUACCGCCUACUUUCAUGAACCCUAGUACUGGUCAACAUGGUCAAGGAAAGGUGAGAGUGAAGGAAGAGAAGGACGCCUCUUCGAUGGCACCGGGUAGUCCACCGACGCCACCACACACACCUCAAAGUCCACCGAGACAAAAUCUACCGGGUGGCAAUCUUUCUCAGUCCUGCCAAACGUCAAACGCGAAUUCUCCCAGUUUACAACAGCAACAACAGCAACAGCAACAGCAUCAUCAUCAUCAUCAUCAUCAUCACCAUCAUCAACAACAACAACAACAACAACAACAGCAGCAGCAGCAACAGCAGCAGCAACAACAACAACAACAACAACAACAACAACAACAAUCACAGCAACAUCAACAACAGGAUCAGCAACAACAUUCGAUUCAUCCAAUUACGAAUUCGCCAUUAAGUCAAAUCCUCGUACAGAAUCCGGCGUUGACACAAUUGUUGCAACAAAAUCCAGCGAUACUCUCACAAAAUCCUCAACUGGCCCAAUUGCUCCAACAAAAUCUUCAAGUUCAAAUGGGAAGUGUCCUCUUUCAGAACGUUAGAAGGGAGGAAGCCGAGGAUUCGAGGGUACCGCCGACAAUAGCAAGUCUGGCGGCAAUGAAGGUGGAGGCAGCUGACCCGAAGGUUUCCGCGCUGCUCAGGCAAAGCAUGUCACCGGUAGCGGACAGCAUGAUCGCUGGUGCGAAAUCAUCGGUGUCGCAGCCUAUAAUCGAUUACUCUCGAUAUGUCAGGAGAUAUACGUCCGGUCAGGAAUGCGGUAGCUCUUAUUGCAAGGAAUUAGGAUGUAGAGAACAUUUUCAUUGUCUCGAUUGUAGUGGUAGGGUGUUUGUAAAGAAGGAGGAAAUGAUCAGGCAUUUCAAGUGGCACAAAAAAAGAGACGAAUCCUUGCAACAUGGUUUCAUGAGAUAUUCGCCAACGGACGAUUGUUCGGAAAGGCAUCCAGGUCGAGCUUGUCCGCAUAAUAGAAAGCAAACUCACUAUCAUUGCAUACACGAAAAUUGCGACAAGGUUUAUAUAUCGACCUCGGACGUACAGAUGCACGCGAAUUAUCAUCGCAAGGAUUCCGCGAUUAUUCAAGAGGGCUUUCAACGAUAUCGUGCCACUGAAAGUUGUGCCACCGAUCAUUGCCCCUUCGUCGGACAACGAACGACGCACUUCCACUGUCGGCGGCCUGGAUGUCGCUUCACCUUUAAAAAUAAGGCUGACAUGGAUAAACACAAGUCGUAUCACAUUAAAGACGAGCAGUUGUCCCGAGACGGAUUCAAGAAAUUCAUGAAAUCCGAAGCCUGUCCUUUCGAACAGUGUCGAUUCUCGCGUGUUUGCAAUCACAUACAUUGCAUACGACCACAUUGUAGUUAUGUCCUACAUUCAUCCGGUCAGCUCUUUUCUCAUAAACGAAAACAUGAGCGUCACGAGUCCGAAUUGGCUUAUAGAAAGUACAAGCAAGUUAGCGCCGUUGGCGGGAUAAGGCCGCCAGGAUCUUGGGCACCAGAUGAAAUUAGUAAUCAAGGGUUGUCACUAAGUCUGAACGGGGAAAGUUCGAAUGAGGGUAGAGGUUCACCGUCGUAUUACUCGUUGGAUGAUUCCUUCCAAAGUGCGAGCGAUUUAGCCAUGGAUCUUACCGCUCCUACGAAUAGUAUGACGUCUACUAGUAACUCGGUUGUUAGCAUUGAUCAACAACAACAACAACAGCAGCAGCAACAGCAACAGCAGCAACAACAGCAGCAACAACAACAGCAACAACAACAACAGCAACAACAACAACAACAGCAACAGCAACAACAACAGCAGCAGCAACAACAGCAGCAACUCACACCGGCGGAAUUAGCCUAUCUUGUAUCGGCCAAUUCGGAUUGUCCCUGCCAAUUAGGUAGGGAUCAUCAUCAUUGUGGGUUGGAUCGUUGCGGUGCCACUUUAAAGGAUCCUCGCGAAGUCAGGGAACAUUUGAGGGAACACGAAACUCAGGAACGUAUUACGGACGCCUUCUUCGAAGAAGGCGGCUGUGACGAUAGCUGUCCGUACGCUGAUAAAGAAAAACAUUAUCAUUGUAAUUGGGAAAAUUGUCGGGAGGUCAUUCUGUCAACGGACAAACCGUUUCGAAGACUUCAACAUUAUAAAAUUCACGAGUACAGUCGACAAUUGAAUCUCUCUUGUCCCUCGCAUGCUCUUUCAUCCGACGUAACGCUCACUCACCUGACCAAUAUCGACGCCAUGUUUAGGCGGAAAAGAGGUAGACCACCGAAAAACAGAGUGAUCGAGAUUUGGUCAGGUGGAGAUCCGGCCUCGCACACGCACGAUUCCCCGCAAGCCAUUUUUACGAGCUUCAAGUUACCCAAACCGCAAACACCAAGUUUGACACCUACUCCGGUGAUCGAUGAUCGAGAAGGUAGUGUUUCACCUUCGAAUAGUCUCGGUGAACCGGAAGGAUUCGCCACGUACAAUUCCGAAGGUUGUCCAGAUCUCGCUUGCGUUUUACGAUCUACCAGGCAUCAUCAUUGUUCACAACCACGGUGUCAUUUCUCAACUGAUAGACCCGAUCAAUUGUUGAUGCACAGUAAAGACUUUCACGACAAUGUUGAUAUACCAACAGGCUUUGCCUUUUUCGAUAAAAUGGUUGACUGUCGGUUAUCGAGUUGUCAUAGUAAUCGAGUGAAUCGACAUUUUCAUUGUACCAGACCAAACUGUGGAUAUUCUUUCGUUCGAUAUUCAACAAUGGCUCUUCACGAGAAACAACAUUCUGGACACAUCGUUGACGUUUGCACUCAGGAACUUUCCAAUAAGGAAUGUCAGACUCAUCCUCAAUCCUUCAUACAAGAAACUAAACCAAGAAUUCAAGUAAAAAAUCCGGCUGAUCUAAUAGAGAAAACGGAUGACAGCUUGGAAGAGAGCAAAUCGAUGAUCGACGAUAAGGAAAGCGAACUUCCUAGUCCGGACGCUAACAAGACGACCGUGGUGAGGGCGGCAGGCACCUAUUAUCCGGUCAGCGGACCGCCGAGCGAACCCGCACUUCCGGGCGUCGUGCUAUCCAUGCGAGCUUCCGUGCACCAAGAGUCUACGGCCAUACCGUCGUCCGGUACAUCUACCUCAUCCCACACGCUUUUCGGGCCGGAACAAAGUUGCAGCAGACCAUUCUGCAAGUUGAAACGUAAGAAUCACUAUCACUGCAAUGCCUGCAAUCAGGCGUUCUCGGAACUGGAUCGAUUGGUCGCUCAUAUAGCCAAGCACUCGACAGGUGCUAUCCUCAGUCAACAACAACACGAUCUACCCAAUCAGUCAUCGUCGUCAUCGGUCUCAUCCAAUCAACUACAGCACGAGUACCUAGCUCAGCUUUCUCAGAAACCGGACUUCAUGGCACAAAACGCACAGAUGGCACAGAAUAUUCAGAACUUUCACAAUCAGAUGCAAAGGCAGAUGCAACAGACUCUGGGACAGAUGAGCCAACAACCAACCCCACCGGCGAAGGAGAUCAAACUUGAGAGUCCAAGAUGUGCCACGGAUAUCAGUGUACAAAGUAUGCCGAAUAUUAAGAGAGAACCAGUUGAGAUUAAGAGAGAGGACGCUGGUAAUUCGGUGCAAGAGACCAACGAGAACAAUCAACGGAUGCCUCAACCAUCGAUGCCGGGAAACGUUCAACAUUCUCCGGCACCUGGACCACCUAGUUUUGAGCUUGAUUUCAGUCAUGGCUUUCACUUUGCGAGUCCAGCGGUAAUGGCAGCUAUGAAUCAACAGAUAGCCCUGAUGAAUCAAGCUCUACCACCGUUUCUUCAACAUGGUGGCAUGUAUACCGGAGGACCUGGACUUAUGUUUGCACCUGGUCUACCACCUACCAAUUUUCUUCCCCCUACCAGGGACGAAAAUCCUUUGGCAUCUCUUGCGGCUAAUCUCAAUCUGAAUAAAAGAUCUCUUUCCCCACCUGACAGCAAUUCCCCCGAGGCGAAGAAACAACGUCUUCAUCACUCGAUGCGUAUGCUCAAGGACGAACCUGUUCCCGAAGGAUAUGUUAGGUUCAGAUUCAACGAAGAUUGCCGGUACCCUCACUGCGGUUACAGGGAACAUCAAACUCAUUUCCAUUGCAUGCGCCAAGACUGUGGCUACUCGUUUUGCGACAAGACACGUUUCGUACAGCAUACGGCAAGGCACGAGCGUUUGGACACUCUUAUGGGUGGUGAUUUUCAACAGUACAGAGCCAACGUGCCCUGUGGCCGUGCACAGUGUGCAUAUACGUCGUCUCUUGGUUCAAUGCAAAACAAAGCAUCGCACUUCCAUUGUUUGAAGUGCGACUUUGUUUGUACAGACACAAACAAGGUAGUUGCCCAUAGGCGUCAACAUGCAAAAUUGGACAGUAUUGCGGCUGCGGGCUUUCAGAAAUUUACGCCUAGUCAGCCGUGUGGUGCCGUGCAGUGUCAACACUCGGGCAAGCAGACUCAUUAUCAUUGUUUGCAGUGUCAGUACGCUGUCUUAGGUCUGGCACAAAUGUCGGCACACAAGUAUCGACACAUGGACACUUAACGGAAAUUUUAUGGUGCAAAAUGCGAGAAAAAUUUCUCCCUGGGUAUAUAUCUAUAAGACAUUCCCUGGUAUAUCGGUCGAUGGGAGAGAGAGAGAGAAGGACUAUUGGGUUCUUGGUACAAAUUUUAAUUAGUACCUAUAGACAUUCCUUCAUUCUCCCAAACGAUCAGCAAUUCAUGAUGAUUUACAAAUACAUCAAAUACAGGGAGCUAGUCAAUGAAGCUGGACCGAUUUGAAAUUCGAUGUCCUGUUGAAAGUUUAGAAAAGACGUUGUUGUUCCUUAGUGGUUAGGGAAUAGAAAGAGAAGAAGAUGAAGAUGAAGAUAAAGAUGAAGAAGAAGAAGAAAAUAAAGAGAAAAAGAAAAAUAAAAACAAGAGAAGAAAGAUCAAAGGAUAUACAACUUCUUCAGGGGAUCCAAUCUUCGCGAAGUUGAAACUCGCUAUUGAAGUUUUCGCCUUCCCCCACCCCUCCCCGACUGGCUAGAAAAGAUACGAAAAGAAAAGAAAAGAAACUACGAUAUAUAAGAAAGACACGCUUGAUAUCGAGCGUUCAAGAAGACAAUAAAGCAAGAAGACACUCCUAUCGUAUAUA